AUGGCACACAUAGCUGAGAACGUGUGUAUAAUGGACAUCUGGGAGCCCAUUAAUCUAACUGAAACAUGUCCAGCGAAUUCUAAUAUAACCGCCUGCUCGCAAUUCGGCUUCGUCUACCUGAAUCUGCUGGUACAACUAUUUGGCAGUUCCAUCGAGAGGGAAGAAAAUAAGGACGACGGGGAUGAUCUGUUUGAUUUCAUUGUUGUGGGUGCAGGUGCUGCCGGCUGUGUGGUGGCGAGCAGGCUGAGCGAGAACCCUAAAUGGAAAGUACUUCUUCUGGAAGCAGGUCCUGAACAGCCAGAGGUAACUUUAGUUCCAAGUCUGUCAUCAGCUCUCCUCGGCUCCAACAUAGACUGGCAGUAUACUACGGAGCCCAAUGGGAAGAGCUGCCUCGCCCGUCCAGGUGGAAGGUGCGACUGGCCUAAAGGGAAAGUUAUGGGUGGCUGCAGUAGCAUUAACUCAAUGGCAUACAUUCGAGGAAAUAGAGUCGAUUACGAUUUAUGGGCCGAACUUGGAAAUACGGGGUGGAGCUUCGAAGAAGUACUGCCAUUUUUCAAAAAGUCCGAAAGGAAUCUGAACGAAGAAGGUCUGAACAGGAGGUAUCAUGGAGUUGACGGAGAACAGUACGUAUCCCGAUAUCCCUACGUCGAUGAACCUUCCAUCAUGAUGACAGACGCAUUCCACGAACGAGGACUCCCAUUUAAUGACUAUAACGCCGCUGAGCAAGUAGGAACAUUGCAGGCGCAAGCCUUCUCCAAGGGUGGCGAAAGAGUUUCAACCAAUUCCGCUUUCAUCCAUCCGAUACGGUACAAGAGAAAAAAUUUGGUAGUCAGAACUAACUCCGUGGUAAAUAAAAUAAUCAUUGAAAAUAACCGAGCCGUAGGUGUAAUGUACGAGCACGAAGAAGUGAUAUAUAGCGCUUUCGCUACGAAAGAAGUCAUCCUCAGCGCCGGAGCUAUCGAUUCUCCGAAAUUGCUAAUGUUAUCUGGCAUCGGUCCCAGAGACCACUUAAAAAGUCUGAACAUAACUGUCAUAAAGGAAUUAGCAGUCGGCGAAAACUUACAAGAUCACGUCACUUUUAACGGAAUUAUCAUAGCGCUACCGAACGAUACGUCUACUUUGGUGAAAAACAUUGACAUGCUCCAGGAGGUUCGGGAAUACAAGGAGCAAGCAAUAAAAAGUGGUCCCAUUUCUGCGAACGGAGCGGUCAGCUCUAUAGCGUUCAUCAAAACUGAACCACAACUUAUAGCUCCAGACAUACAGUUUCAAAUCGAUCACGUCACGUUCAGGGAAGAAUAUUUGCGUGAACCAGUCCUUUUUGAGAAAUUGGCAUUUUUACCAACUAGCUUCUAUAACGGUCUAAUGCCUCGGGUGAUGAAUUUAGUUCCCAAAAGCAGAGGCUACCUUCAUUUAAACUCGACAAACUCCCGUGAUCCUCCAAAGAUCUAUGCCAACUAUUUUGACGAUCCGGAGGACGUUUUGACGAUUCUACGAGGGGUGAGGUUCCUUUUGACUCUAGAAGACACGGAAGCUUUUAAAUCGUUCGGCGCGUAUUUCGUUCGGGAUCCCCUGCCAGCCUGCAAGUGUUACGAGUGGGGUUCUGAUGAAUAUUUCAUCUGCGCCGCGAAAUCGUAUACAGCCACGACGUAUCAUCCGGUGGGAUCAUGCAAGAUGGGUCCCGCGUGGGAUAAGAAGGCGGUAGUCGACAAUAAACUUAGAGUCUACGGCAUCAAGGGAUUACGAGUGAUCGAUUCGUCCAUAAUGCCCGUCAUCGUUCGGGGGAACACCAACGCACCGUCGAUCCUGAUCGGGGAGAGGGGAGUGGACUUUAUCGUACGUCAUUGGAAGUUAUUCGAAUACUUUCCUUGGCAACUAGGCCGAAGGAAGCAUACACCGUGA